GGAGUUCCCGCGGGAGUGCUGUGGUGUUUACAUUAUUGGAUCAGCAGUGUGCUGAGAGGGGGGCCUUCUGCUGGAGUCUGUCUGAAAACACUUCUCUACUGACUCCACAGCACAGGCGCUCUCCGAGAAAAAACUUCGUAGUGUACAGGCAAAGCGCCACGCAGUAAGGAGGCCUGUUCAGUCCACUUUUUGUCGCGACCUUGGAAAGAAAAUAAAAUACAACAACAACACCGCCUUGACCAUCGGAGGAGUUGUUUUUAAGGUGAAAGAGGAAUAGCUUUGCAACAGAUUCCCACUUCCUGAGGUGUACAGGAUCCGACUCCCAACACCAUGAAUAUGGACAUGCAUCCACAAGGACCGCAAGCAGCCGUGCCAGUAUUCCAGAAACCACUGCAGCCUGAUAUGGGUUAUAAUUUGUUGGCUAACUUCAUGAUUGAGAAGAAGAUCGGACGUGGUCAGUUCAGUGAGGUGUACCGAGCCAGGUACCUGCUGGACAACACACCAGUGGCCUUGAAGAAAGUCCAGAUAUUCGACUUGAUGGAUGCCAAAGCUCGGCAAGAUUGCAUCAAAGAGAUAGAUCUCCUUAAGCAACUGAACCACCCCAACGUGAUAAAGUACCACGCGUCUUUUAUCGAGGACAACGAGCUCAACAUAGUCCUAGAGUUAGCGGAUGCUGGGGACCUCUCUCGUAUGAUCAAGCACUUUAAGAAGCAGAGGAGGCUCAUCCCAGAGAGAACCGUGUGGAAGUAUUUUGUCCAGCUCUGCAGUGCACUUGAACAUAUGCACUCCCGACGAGUCAUGCACCGAGAUAUAAAGCCUGCAAAUGUAUUCAUCACAGCUACUGGAGUAGUGAAACUGGGAGACUUGGGAUUGGGAAGAUUUUUCAGCUCCAAAACAACCGCUGCUCACUCUUUAGUGGGUACUCCUUACUACAUGUCACCAGAGAGGAUACAUGAAAACGGCUACAACUUCAAAUCGGACAUCUGGUCGCUAGGAUGCCUUCUCUAUGAGAUGGCCGCCUUACAGAGUCCCUUCUACGGGGACAAGAUGAACCUCUACUCCCUCUGCAAGAAGAUAGAACAGUGCGACUACCCCCCUCUUCCCUCGGAUCACUACUCAGAAGAGCUGAGGAACCUGGUAGAUAUGUGCAUCAACCCCGACCCAGAGAAGAGGCCGGACAUCGCCUACGUUUACGGCAUCGCCAAACACAUGCAGAACGUGACGCUGGGCUGUUAAACCCAGAGCUCCUCACACUAAGCCCUGCGGAACUCCUGCUCACAUCCACUCCUGCUUCUCCUGCUGGACUCAGAAUACAGAUGUCCCUUCUUACACAAAACCUUCUCCAUAAUUUAGCUCCUUGUGAAAACUGGUACAAUAAACAGAAAUUUACAGUUUAUGUUCAGUCUGAAGCCAGGAUGCAGCCUUCCAGAUGUUUUUAUUUUUCACUUUUAACAUUUAAAAUAUAAAUCUUUUAGAACAGUUUGAGAGUUUCAGCUUCGGUAGGUGAUGUCCGUCUCACCCACGGCUGUGAACAUCACACUUGUUCGGUUUACCUCAGUCAGUGGCCUUCAGACAUUUAAAAAACAAAAUCCCAUCUUUUUGAGCUUUCAACAGUACUAUAGCAGUCCUACACCUCUGCCCUGGCACUAUUUGGUAUUUGAACUUUCACUAAUAGUCAUGAAUACAAUUUUACCGUCUAGACGAAUCCUAAAGGAAACCCAAACUUUAUUGAGAAUAAAGUUUUAUCUUGCAUUUUAUCUUCAUCAACAGCACAUCUGAGACAAAACAGAGUUAUUGAUGGUUGAAAUGUUGUGUUGCACAUGUUAUACUGGUACUGGAAGGCUGGUAAGGUUAUGUCAGAACAGAAAACAUUUAAGUGAUAGACUGGAGACGUGCUCAAGGGGAACGUGCAUAAGCGUUUACAUUUAAAGUAAAUAUUCUAAGGUUUUGUGGAGUCGCGAAGAAGACGAGCAUAAAACAAAAUCACUUCAUAUUUCAUCCAGUGGAUGCAUAUAAACCCCCACAGAGGUGGGUUGAGUGUUAAGUGUUGCAGAUUUUCUUUCAUGCAAAACGAAAGGUAAUGAAACAUUUACUUGUCCAGCUGUGCAUGUUGGGAGUGAUCCACAGAGGGGCUAAGAGGAAAGUUACAUUCAGCAGUACAUAUGUAAAAGUACUGUUUAUUUUGAUCAGAAUAUAGAAAAUAAAGCAUCAGUGGGAUGAGUUUGUUCUACUGUAAAUGGCAAAGAUAAGGAAAAGAAUCCCGCCAGGAUGAACUUAUUCCUGUAAACAUGUUUUUUUACAGUAAUAAAGGUUUACAGCAAGUUUCUGAACGAGCAGCGCCGACUGGCACCGUUUUAUAGCGAGACACGGUGAAGGCAAACGAUCAGAGUUAAUGUUUCAUCUUCACGUUAUCAAACAACCUGGUGACCUUCAUUAAAACUACAGAAUGGUUUUGAAAUGUUUUUCUGUUAACGUCUAACAAUGUGCACCUGUAUUAUAAAAGCAAUUAUAAAUAUAUAGGACUAAAAACUAACCUUUUAUGGCCAAAAAUAUUUUGAAAACACGUUUAUUGUUGUAGAUUUAAAGACAUUUUCAGCAAAAACUGUUUUCUCUUAAGUUUAGACAUUUCUCAGGAUUUUGCCCCUUUCAUGUUUUAAUUCUUUAAGCAUCACCUUUCUUCUUCAGUUUCAUUCAUGUUCUUGAAAGGAGAACAUCUGGAUCACACCAAAACAUUUCAGUAUUCGGUUUUAUUUGUUGAAACGCCGUUGCUUUUAAAGCACUUUUUACAGAUUUUGGUAGAUUUUCCAAACUGGUGCAGCAGUCUAAACUAAAGCAGAUGCUCCAAAAGGCUUCCGGAAUCAGACUUUACUAGUUUUCUUUCAUCAAAUUUACUGUUUCGUUUAGUCACCCAGAAAGUGAAUUUACUUUGUUUUUUAAAUAAACCAAAGAAAAUCAUAUCAAAAACCAUUUGUGCUGAAAUAGUUGUUUAUGUACUAAAAUGUAUUUUUCCUCCUUCCAAAGGGGGCAUUUCACACAGAGCUCAGUCACUUUAAUGAUUUAGGCUUUUUCUUGUUUGAUUUGUGUCUGCAUGUGUCUGACGUACCGAGUUUACUUCUGCAUGUCCACUGAUGUUUGUGUGAAACUGUCCAGAAACGAUAAAAUAUUGACAAUAUUUAUUGUCUUGGUAGUUUUAGUUGCUCUUUCAACAUUGAAAUGCCUGUAUUACAAACGCCUUGUAUGUAAAGUGAAUUUAUUAAAGCUUUAAAAACGUC